AUGACCUCAGAGGGCGUGGCUGUGGACAACUCCCUUCCUUUCCGCUGGUCGGCAUGGUCACCUGCAGUGGCACCGGCCCAGCUCGGCCUUUGGGCUCUUGCUGCGCUGUCCUCACCACCUGGCUACCGGUCCAAGGUCACCUGUCCCUCAAGCUCACCCACCCUCCGCCGCCCGGCUGCAGUCCUGCCGGUUCUGGGCCCUGGAUCCAUUGCGCCCGGGAACCCGACCUCCCUUCCGCGUCCCGCCCGGCCAAGCCCUCUGCUCAAGCGUCCUGGUCUCGACUUCCUCAUCCGUGCCUUGGCGAGCAGGGCGUCGGCAGCGCGUGGCCCAAACCCCCUGAGCCUCAGUUUCUCUGCGGUAGCGGAGAGGGACUGGAGGCGGCGGUGCAGACUGGAACAAGAGUGUCCACCCGGCCCCCUUCCCUGGCUCUUCCUACCCCGGAUCCCCGCUCGCUCUGGUGGGGCACGACCGAGGGCCAGGGACUCGGAUCGACAGGCAGAGCCGCCCAGGUCCACGCGCCCGCGCGGGGUCGCCUCCCUCUCGGAGUCCGAGCACGAGCGCGGCGCUUGCCGCCCAGGCCGGAAGGGGACGCUGGAGACCCGCCGCCGGCCCCCUGCUCCCCACUCCGCCCGCUGGUCAGGCGCAGUCCUGCGGCAGGUGAAGGCCAGGUCCCUCCUCCCGCCCCCGCUCCACGCUCGCUGGGAGGGCAGAGUGCCCCACUCCGGGUGUGGCUCAGGCUGGAUCUGUCCCCCCCGACUUGACCCGGGGCUCAGCGCAGGCUUGGAGGGAGGCCGAGGUGGGCGCCGUGGCAAUGCCGGCGGCUCUCGGGUCCACAGGCCCAAGGAAUGGCCAGCUCUCCCAGCUCUCUGGGACUGUCUCUGUUGGACCAGCUGCCCACAAGCCCAUCAAAGGCAGAGAAUUUGAACUUGCCUCAAGGAUCAGCACCUGAGGACAAAAUGUAGGACGACGGUGUCCAUGUCAC